AUGGACGUGGACGUGAACGUGAACGUGAACGUGGACGUGGACGUGAACGUGGACGUGGACGUGAACGUGGACGUGAACGUGAACGUGGACGUGAACGUGAACGUGAACGUGAACGUGGACGUGGACGUGAACGUGGACGUGAACGUGAACGUGGACGUGGACGUGCACGUGGACGUGAACGUGGACGUGGACGUGAACGUGGACGUGGACGUGAACGUGGACGUGAACGUGGACGUGGACGUGGACAACGUGAACGUGAACGUGAACGUGAACGUGGACGUGGACGUGAACGUGGACGUGGACGUGGACGUGAACGUGGACGUGAACGUGGACGUGGACGUGGACGUGGACGUGGACGUGAACGUGGACGUGGACGUGCACGUGAACGUGGACGUGGACGUGGACGUGGACGUGGACGUGGACGUGGACGUGGACGCGAACAUUGAUACGUGGACGUGGACGUGA